UAUUUUGUGAAAAAAGAGUAAUAUUUUGACCUAAAAUAAAAAUUGGACAGCCACUGUCCUUCAUCAUUGUGUCACUCUGUUAAAGUUUAACUCUAGAGUCUGUGUGUGCCUGCAUCUGCAUCCGCAUCCGCAUCCGUCGCUAGCGGACACACUCUCUCUCCCUUCCCCUUUCAGCUUCACCAACUACUAUUUCUUCUUUUUUCCUAUUCCAUCUAUUUUCCUUUCCCCUUUUUAAAUUUUCUGGGUUAAUUAUGGGGAGUGUAGAGAUUAUUGAUUUAUCUAGUGAGGAUGAAAGUGAUAAGGCUGUUCCCGUAGCAGUGAAAUUGGAGCCAGGGUGUGCUACGGGGGCUGAGAAAGAGCGCGUGACUGGUGGUCGGCGACUAGUCAAAUGUGAGAAAUCUCGAACUCAGGCAACUAGACAAGAUGGUGAUGAAAAUAUAAGCUAUAGUGCCCCGAGUACAGGUCAUAGUAAUUCCAGUGUAUUGGAGCAGGGGCCGUCGCCAAUUGAUGAUACUGGCAUUUCCUAUGCAUCAUCCAUUUGUGCAGCACCGCUUUCCAGACAGUUUUGGAAAGCUGGGAGCUAUGAUGACGGGCAUGGUUCUCAAAUUACAGCUACAGAUGGAAAGAACUAUCUACAUGUACACCCCAUGUUCCUUCACUCAAAUGCAACUUCACACAAGUGGGCAUUUGGCGCCAUAGCAGAGCUUCUUGAUAAUGCCGUUGAUGAGAUCCAAAAUGGGGCUACCUUUGUCAGUGUAGAUAAAAUUUCAAAUCCAAGAGAUGGAAGUCCAGCAUUGUUAAUUCAAGAUGACGGGGGCGGCAUGGAUCCGGAAGCAAUGCGUCGCUGCAUGAGUUUUGGAUUUUCAGAUAAAAACUCAAAGCUUGCUAUUGGGCAGUAUGGAAAUGGCUUCAAGACCAGUAGUAUGAGGCUUGGUGCAGAUGCUAUAGUCUUCAGUCGCCAUCUGAAUAAUGGGAUUUUGACUCAAAGCAUUGGACUUUUGUCAUAUACAUUUCUGAUGCAAACGCAACUUGACAGAAUAGUAGUACCAAUGGUGAAUUAUGAGUAUAAUACUUCAACUUCAUCGUUGGAUGUAUUAAACGGCAAAGAACAUUUUAUGGCAAAUUUAGAAUUGCUGUUGCGUUGGUCACCAUAUUCAUCCGAAGCAGAUCUUCUGAAACAAUUUCAAAACAUGGGAUCUUACGGUACUAAAGUUGUUGUCUACAAUUUGUGGUUCAAUGAUGAGGGAAUUACAGAGUUAGAUUUUGAUACAGAUCCCGAGGAUAUUCGCAUUGCUUGGGAUGUCAAGAAGAUCACUACUAAACCUGCAUGGAGGAGAAUCCAAGAGGAACAUAUUGCAAAAACAUUCCGUUACUCAUUACGUGUGUACUUGUCCAUAUUGUACUUGCGGUUACCAAAAACUUUCCAAAUUAUAUUGAGAGGGCAAGCUGUAAAGCCACAUAGCAUUGCUGACGAUCUUAAACUUGUUGAAUUUGUCAAAUAUACACCGCAAUGUGGUGGUGGACCUGUAGAGGAACUUUUUGUAACAAUUGGAUUUCUUAAGGAAGCCCCUCAUGUCAAUAUUCAUGGUUUCAAUGUAUAUCACAAACAUCGGCUGAUACUGCCAUUUUGGCAGGUUGUAAGAUAUUCAGACAGUAGAGGCAGAGGAGUUGUUGGUAUCAUGCAAGCAGAUUUUGUUGAGCCAACUCAUGAUAAACAGGAUUUUGAGAAAACUUCCUUGUUUCAAAAGCUAGAAGCGCGAUUGAAGUCAAUGACAUGGGAGUACUGGGAUACUCAUUGUAGACUAAUUGGGUAUCGGCAGGAAGUUAGGCCUCGAACUCCAGUUACCCAACCACUUCCUUCGUUGCAGAAGUCACUUGGAUAUCAUAAUAAGAGAAAGACAGAUGAACUGAUAGACCUUCAGAAGAGGAAAAAACAGAUCACCACAACUCCUGCAGACGAGGUAGUAAACCCAGAGACCAUAAAGUUGAUGCAAGAAAAUAAGAAAUUACAUACAGAAUGCUCGGAAUUGGAAAAGAGAGGUGAAGAACUUAAUUCCAAGGUGGUGGAGCUUAGAAAUAAAAUAGAGGAAGCCCAAAAUGAUUAUAUUCGGCUUUUAGCUGAAGUGCAGUCUUUAGACGUUAAAGAGGAGUAGCAGUAGUGUAGCUGUAGUUCUUGCCAUCAAUUUUUUCAGAAGUAAUUGUAUGUAUAUAGCUCAAUCUUUUGUAGUCCGGGGCUCACCAGUUUUACGGGCACAUUCAAGGAAUACAGGGGCCGAGACCCGGCCCGCUUUGUAUGACCAGUAAGGUUUUUGCCCCAAGUUUUCUAGGCAUCCUUUGCUAGUUAGUGUAAGACUCACCCACCUUCUGAACAUGUAAAGCACUAUGGAACAUCAUGGCCUAUGAGCAAUUAAUCAUUUGUUUCAGUC